AUGAGUGACUAUUCAGAUUCCGCAGAUAGCAGCACGUCGGCUGUAACUAGUUCUGAUGAAACAAACCACGAUGUUAAAAAAGAUGACAUGGGCUUGUCAACAUGGGUAGAUAAUAUGGAUCAGGAAGAUAUAUUGGAUGAUGAGACUUUUAUUUCGCAGCAGGUCCAAGCCAGAAAUAGAAAAAAGAAAAAAUCCGGCGGGUUUCAAUCAAUGGGGCUAAGCCAUGCAGUAUUUAAAGCUAUUCUCCACAAGGGUUUCAAAGUCCCAACUCCAAUACAACGUAAAACAAUCCCUUUAAUAAUUGAAGGCAAUGACGUAGUUGGUAUGGCCCGCACUGGUUCCGGGAAAACAGCCGCAUUUUUAAUACCUAUGAUAGAGAAACUCAAGACUCAUUCCGCUAAAGUUGGGGCACGGGUAGUGAUAUUGUCACCGUCACGCGAAUUGGCUAUUCAAACUCAAAAAGUAUGCAAAGAACUUGCGAAAUACACUGAUCUACGUACGUGUGUAAUUGUUGGAGGAGAUGGUCUCGAUGAACAAUUCGCAAUGAUAGCCAACAAUCCUGAUAUUCUAAUCGCGACUCCCGGAAGAUUAUUACAUUUGAUUGUCGAGAUGGAAUUAGAUCUGAAGACUGUAGAGUAUGUUGUAUUUGAUGAAGCCGAUAGGUUAUUUGAAAUGGGAUUUUCGGUGCAAUUACAUGAGAUAUUAAAUCGGCUGCCACAUAAUCGACAGACUCUGCUGUUUUCUGCUACAAUGCCGAAAGGACUAUACGAGUUUGCGAAGGCUGGGUUGCAAGAGCCGAAAUUGGUGAGAUUGGAUAUUGACACAAAAAUAAGCAGAGACCUUGAGAUGGCUUUUUUCUCGGUAAAACAGCCUGAGAAGGAAGCAGCAUUGCUAUACAUAUUACGCGAGAUUAUCAAGUAUGCUGUCUUUCCUCACCAAACCUUGAUAUUUGUCUCUACAAAACAUCACGUGGAAUAUAUAUCCGCAUUGCUCAGUUUGGCUGGAUAUGAGUGUUCUUAUGUUUAUGGAACCCUUGAUCAAACAGCAAGAAAAAUACAAAUCAAUAAUUUCAGGAAUGGGAAGACUAAUCUACUAGUUGUUACUGACGUGGCUGCACGUGGAAUAGAUAUACCUAUUUUGGAAAAUGUAAUUAAUUACGAUUUUGUAGACAGCAGUAAAAUGUUUAUACAUCGUGUUGGAAGGACGGCGAGGGCUGGGCGUAGGGGUUGGGCGUAUUCGUUAAUAACUUCCGAUGAGCUUCCUUAUCUACUUGAUCUCCAACUUUUCCUUGGCCGGCGUCUUCUCGUUGGUUCGACAUCGAGUUCACAUCAGGACUAUUCAUCAGACAUAAUACUCGGUUGCUUCCCCCCCGACACUCUUGACAUUGAUAUGGAGUGGACAAAAUCAAAAAUUCUGAGUGAAAACAAUCUAGAAUCUCUUCAGAAGGUAGCAAAAAAUGGGUACAAAUUGUACACAAAGUCAAGAUCAUCUGCAUCGCCAGAGAGUCACACUAGGUCAAAACAGUUGUAUACGACAAACUUGACGUUAAAUAUUCAUCCAAUGUUUGCCGAACAAGUCGACGAACAGGAGAAAAGUCUUUUGAAUUUUAUAACAUCGAUAUCUAAUUUCCGCCCUAGCGAGACGAUAUUCGAAAUAGGCAAGCGAGGCUCUAAUAAGCAGUCGUCGGCUGCUCAAAUAAUGAAGAAGCGACGUAGCACCAUCGGGAAACUGAUUGAAGAUUACAAAGCCAAUAAAAAAGAAGUAACGGAUGUGAACGAAACAACAGAUACGAAUGGUCAGGAAACAUUGACAAUGAUAUCAGAUAUUUCGGAAAUGGAAGACCUUCAGGAGAGUCAUUCGUCCAAUAAGAGAAAAUCUGUGGGCAAAAGUGAACCAAAAGCAAAAAAGCAGAAAGUAAAAUCUUUUAAAGAUGAUGAAUAUUAUAUUCCUCACGUUCAGAAAGAUGCCAACACAGAAAAAGGUUAUUCGAUCACGCAAGGCAGCUCCUUUGCGGAACAAGCACAAAGAGCUGUCUUGGACUCUCAAGGUGACGAACAUUCUCUACUACAAAAGACGAAUGCAUUAAGAUGGGAUUCCAAAAAGAAGAAUUUUGUUCGUGGCCUCGGUACAGAUAACAAGAAAUUGAUCACAACAGAAAGCGGAACAAAAAUACCAGCGACAUAUAAAAGCGGACGGUUCAAAGAAUGGCAAAAACAGAACAAAAUAUCGAUGCCAUCUACAGGUGAAAAGGAAAUUUCUGGAUCUCACCUACAAACAAAGCGCUACCGUCACAAUAAAAUUACCGCGCCUAAACCACCAGACCCGUUAUCUACUAACUAUGAAAAGAAGAAGAAAAAGUUGCAGAAGAUCGGUACUGGGAAUGCAUCGGGCAACGGAGCGGACGAAAAGUUCAAGACAGAGUUGAAAACCGUUGAUCAGAUAAGCAAGGAAAGGACGAUAAAAGCAAAGAGAAAAGCCAAAAAUGCAAGGCUACCGCGAAAAUCGCGGAAGAAAUAA